UUUGGCUUUUCUUUGACAUCUCCUGGAUGACAGAGAAUCACGCCGUAACGAUGAUUGCUUCCGAUUAUAAAUGUAGCUAUUAAACUUUGCGGUCAUUUUUUGUUUGUGUCGUAGUGUAUCCAUGUUGUUAGAGAAAAUAUUUCCCAGGAUGCAUCCGUCGGAAAGUAUCUUUUUUAGAUGUAAACGAAUUUCAGCUUUGAUAUUCUGGAAUCUCCAUUAGAUGUUCUGAAUGCAAUUAACUUUUCUUACGUCUCUUGGCAUUGCUCUAUAUAAACCGCAUAUUAUCUUGGUAUCUUCCCAUUCCAGCAUCUGAGUUCGUUGCCAAGUCCUCUGUUUUUAGAAUACAAGUGCUGUUGUGUUCUCGAAACAUCAAGUAUGACGAAAACAAGGAUGACAUGUGGGGGAAAUCCAUGCUCAAUAUUGUUUUCAAUGGCGCCAGCCGGUCAUGCAAAAGAUAUCCCUAUCUUGAUAAGUGAUGACGAUGACAUGGAGCACGAUUCUCCUUGAUACUCUCCAGUUACUCCCUCCAAUUACCACUUUGAUGCAGAUCAAAUGACUCAGCAACCCACGACAGCUACGUCUUCGAACCACCCUACCAUUGUUGAUCCUUUGAAUGGUGUUGUUAAGGCUAAUGGUUCAGUCACGACAACUCAGUCGAAUGACCAUUGUAAUGCAAACCCUCAUAUUAAUGCAGCUGAGGAAAAAUACCCUUUUAACGCUGACAUAUUCAUACUGAUUCCGAUCAAGAGAAACGGCAAUCCCAUGACUCAUGAGGAUUCUGCUAUUUUAGAUCCCUCUGUAGCUCGUGGGUUGAUCGACACUUCUAUGUUACCUGUCGACAGGGGCUUGUUUGACUGGAUCGAUGAUACUUGUGUCGUGCUGGACAAAGCGAAGCAGUGUAGCUUUGAGAUGCAAGCUCUCCUUCGCCGAUCAGAGAUUUUGCACAUGCAAGAGGUAACCGAAAAGGAUGCUACAAUCGCAGGGCUUCGUGCAACAAUAGCCGAAAAGGAUGCUAGAAUCACAGAACUUCGCGAUACACUAGUCGACAGAAACUUGGAGUUGUAUCAGAAAGAACAAUGGUUGUUCAAGGAAUAUACCAGGAACGAGAAGUUGGAGAUGGAAAGUAAAGAUGCUGCCGGUCUCGAAGAGGAACUUAGGAUCACCAAGGAGAAGCUCAAAGAAGCUGUUGAGUUUGCGUACAACUACGAUCCUGAGGAUGACGACUACGAGCCAGAGGAGAUAAGCUCUAAACAAGAAUGAUCCUGAGCUUCUUUAUUUUUCCCUUUUCUGCCAGUAUUCCCUUUUCUUUCCAUAGAGAUGUUAUUCGUUUUAUUCUUAGCUUGCAUUCUUUGUAGAGUAGACGCUUGUUGGAACUUGAU